GCUAGUUUUUGGCUUCUUCCACAUGUACAGAGAAGGGAAGGGAAAGGAACUAAGCAAGAUAAUUGAUUCUGGCCUAGCCAGGGAGCUAAUUGGUGAAUCAAGAAGAGAGACAGACCGGGUGAUCAACAACAAUGGCGAGCAACAAGGACCGCCUGUCGCUGCUGCUCGCCUGGGCCGUCAUGGCCUCCCUCGUCGCCGGCUCGUCGGCCGGCAUCUACCACAUCGUCGGCGCCGCCAAGGGCUGGCGCAUGGCCCCCAACCGGACCUACUACGCCGAGUGGGCACGCACCAGAAACAUCAGCAUCGGCGACAAGCUCAUGUUCUUGUACAGGAGCGGGGUGUACAACAUCGUGGAGGUGCCUAGCCGGCAGCUGUUCGAGGCGUGUAGCAUGAGGAACAUCACCAACAGAUACCAGAACGGCCCGACGAUCAUCGAGCUCACGCAGCCGGGACAGCGCUACUACUUCUGCGGCGUCGGCAAGCACUGCGAGGAAGGCCAGAAGCUCGCCAUCAACGUCUCCGCCGUCCCGCCGCCGCCGCCCGUCGAUAACCCCACCGAUGACCCCGCUGCAGACUCCGCCGCCAUGGCCGGCGACGCCGCCAGCUGCUGCCUAAUAAUGUUAUUGCUGGCCUCCUCGCUCAUGCUGCUCAUGUAGUAAUUAAUCCUAUAUGCCUCUCUACAUAUGAUAUACUGUAUAUUAGGCGACGUAUCAGGUGACUAUUCAGGACAAAUUUGAAAACUUUCAAUUUCAGCCCUAAAUAGAUGGAUCGAGUAAAA